CACAUGCCAUUUCGGGAAUCCGUCCGCCAUCCGCAGUCUUCAGAGUGUAGAGAGAAAGGGGGGAGCGCGCUCCUCUCCGUUCUCGAAAGCCACCAGAGAGAGUGAGAGAGAGAGAGUGGGCGACGACUUCGACGCAGUCCUCAGGUGGUGGAUUGAGGGUAUAAUGAGAGGAAAAGCUUUUAAAAGUACUGAAAGUUGUAUGAGCAAUGGUCUGGUAGCCUCUGGGGAUCAUCAAAUUCAGCAAGAAUUUGUUCCAGGGGAUAUUGCAUGGACAAAAAUCAAGAACCACAUAUGGUGGCCUGCUCAGGUUGUUGAUGAGAAAAGUGUUGGUUCUGGACCCAAAAAGAAAUCAAAGGAUGAAAUCCUUGUUCGCUUAUAUGGAAGUUAUGAAUAUUUGUAUGUGGACCCUUUGAAAUGCAAUAUGGCGUUUGAAAAAAUUGUCAAGCAAGAUAAUGUUUCUUCAGAGGAAGUGUUCAGAAGAUCAUUGGAUAUGGUAGAGGAACUUUCUCAAAUAUCCUCAAGGGGGAAAACUAAGAAAACAGGUCGUCAUUUUAGAGACGGAGGCAGCUCAAAGCUAGAGGAGAAAGAUGAUGUGAAAUAUAUAAAGCAAGGUAUCCCUGAAAACCAACAUAUCAGCAAGACUGACUCUGAUGGUACUUCUGGAUCCAAAAGCAUAAAAUUACAAUCUUUAAGACGUUCAAUGAGGAGGCGUUCAAUGCGGAAUGCCAGUAAGGUAGGCAUAAUAGAAAGGAACAAAGCAGAACACUUGGAGUACCAAAACUUAGGAACUUGUCAGUAUGGAGAUGUCAUUGUGAUAGAUGAAGUGGAAACAAGACCUUCUGAUGUUGAGGACAUGAAGCAUCUUGAUUCUAAGCAAUUGAGGCAGAUGGACUGGGAACAGGCACAGCAAAAUUUUCUCAAUGAAGCUUCAACUGGAAAACAAGUCAAAAAUGGUGUUUCAGGAGAUAAAGUUACUAAACCUGAUAUUGUGAGGAAAUACACUCUCAGAAAAAGGAAUCACGAUGAACUUAAGGAAGAGAAACAUGAGUUGCAACAACUACAUUCGGAAGAAAAAGGAGUGAGUAAGAAUCUCUUUUAUAAAAGGACUAAGCAAAGUGGACCUCAAGAACAGAGUUUACAAGAGGAUGGGAAAGAAGUACAUCAAAAUGAACUGAUGAAGCAUGUUAAACCUGGAAACCAAUAUGCAAGGAAGAGGAUAGAAUCCGGUGCCACCGGAGGCAAAACCAUAAAGCGAAAUGGUUUAAGAAAACAAAAGCAUGAAGAAGUUAAAGACCGCAAAUUGGAGAGCCCUAUAUCUGUGGCGAAGCAAAAUGGUUUACAAAAUCAAAAGCAUGAAGAUGAUAAAGACCCAAAACUGGAGACCCCCACAUCUGCAAAGUUCUCUGAAACAGAAGCAGCACUGGAUAUUGUCAGUUCAAGAAAAACUAAAGUGAUGCAGACUCUUGGACUCAUUGCUCCACUUGGAUCCCCAUUCUGAGCAAAUGAAGUUUAAUUUGCAGCCUGUUCUGUAGUUUUUUGAUAAUUUUGUGAACUAGCUUACUCUUAACUCCCCUUUUUUUGUUACACUAAGUUUGCCUUCAGAUUUUGUUGGACAGUUCAUUGCAGGCAAAGUGUAGGGUCUGAUGACCAGUGUUUUGGUGUAAACUUUUUGUGCUGGUUAACAAUUGAAAGAUGCACACUGAUUUACUUGUCUAUAAACUUUAUCUUAUUUUAAUGUAAAGAAGAAAACUUCUGUUGA